GCAGCGGUCGGUGGCACUCGCUGCGACGUUCAGUGCGAUGGCGGCGUGCGGCGUUUGACGUGGGUUUGACGUACCAGUGCCGGAGAAGAGAAGAGAGGCAGAGAAAAAUAUUCCGAAAAUACUCCAACAACAAUGGCGGACGAGGAGCUACCAGCGGGUUGGGAGAAACGGCUCAGCAGAUCGACCGGUCAACAUUAUUAUUUAAAUACUUAUACCAAGGAAAGUCAAUGGGAUAGGCCAGAUAAACCUGCAGAUCCAUCUGGUAAUGGCAAAGCAGAUGGACCUGAAGAAGUGCAAUGCUCUCAUCUACUCGUAAAACAUUCAGGUUCUCGACGACCUUCUUCUUGGCGAGAAGAGAAAAUUACCAGGUCAAAAGAAGAAGCUCUCGAGCUGGUUAAAUCUUAUAGAGAACAAAUCGCAUCGGGCAAAGCAACGUUCGCCGAACUUGCCUCCAAGUAUAGCGAUUGCAGUUCAGCAAAGCGCGGCGGUGACCUCGGACCUUUCAGUCGGGGCGCGAUGCAGAAACCCUUCGAGCAGGCGGCAUUUGCGUUGAAGGUUGGCGAGUUGUCAUCGCCUGUGCAUACAGAUAGCGGAAUUCACAUCAUCCAACGGACUGCAUAAGCCAGCUCAGAAACAAAUUGCCGAAAUUUUACGAGAAAUCUCUUUCUCUCUCUUUCCAUUUUUCUGUCUUUUAAUCUUACCAUUUAUAAAUUCAAGCCAAUAGUGUUCUCCCAACAUUCUAUAUAUACUAACUAUUGUAUAUUUAUUCAAGUUAGAAUCUAAUCUUGUUUUUGAAAUCUCAAUUUUAAAAUGCAUUUUUUGGUGUAUUUUUAUUUUUAAUUGACUAAAGAUAGGUUUCGUUUUUUUCAACAAUUCUGCUUUGUAAUAAGAUAAUAAUAAAUUAUGCAAUCGAGAAAAAUUUGAUAUAUUAACAUUUUUUAAAUAAUUGCACAUUAUAUAAUAUUAUAUAAAAGCAAUGCGAUAUUAUAGAAUCAUUUCUUAGAAAUGAUAUUUGAAUGUAUGUUCCUUAAUGAAUGUUAUUAUCUUACUACAAAAUGUAGCACUUGUGUAGUUGUGUUAAUAUGUUAAUAUUGAAUGUCUUCCGGCCUGAAAAAGAUUAAAAUAUUAGUAACACACUAUUAAUAUUUGACAAUUCUGUUUGUCAUUAUAAUUUGGGCGGAAUUGAAAUUACGC